GCGCAGAGGCGCGGCCGGUCGGUGAUGGCGGGAGCGAUGGCGGCCGCGGCCGGCGGGGACUCGGACGGGGAGAGCGAGGAGCUGGUGCUGACCCCGGCCCAGCUGAUCCAGAGCCUGGAGCAGGCCUGGCUCAAUGAGAAAUUUGCUCCGGAGCUGCUGGAGAGUAAACCUGAAAUCAUCGAGUGCGUGGUGGAGCAGCUGGACCACAUGGAAGCCAACCUGAAACGGGCCAAGAAAGGAGACCUGAAGGUCAGUGUGCACCACAUGGAGAUCGAGCGGAUCCGUUUCGUGCUCAGCAGCUACUUGAGGUGUCGGCUGGUGAAGAUAGAGAAGUUUUUUCCCCACAUCCUGGAGAAGGAGAAGUCUCGAGCUGAAGGGGAGCCCUCCAUUCUAUCACCAGAGGAGUUUGCUUUUGCUACAGAGUAUAUGGCAAACACAGAGGCUUACCUGAAAAAUGUGGCCCUGAAGCACAUGCCACCUAACCUGCAGAAGGUGUCUCUCCUGAAGUCAGUCCCAAAGCCCAACCUGGACUCCUUUGUGUUUCUGCGGGUGCUGGAGCGGCAGGAGAACAUCCUGGUGGAGCCAGAGACGGAUGAGCAGAGGGAAUAUGCCAUUGACCUGGAGGAGGGCUCGCAGCACCUGAUCCGCUACAGAACCGUGGCCCCUCUGGUGGCCUCGGGGGCUGUGCAGCUCAUCUGAGGGGACAGGGGCUGAAUUUACCUGACCUGGUGGUUUCCAGAGUGCCUGUGGUGGAGCUUGCAGCUGUGUCUUCAUUCAUGGCUAGGGAGGAGGGUGCAGAUGGCUGAGAUCAGUCAGGCUGCAGGUGAGAGUCACUUGUGGCACACCUGAAAAUGCCAAAUACACAGACAUUUGUGGAACUGUUCACACUGCACCUCUGCAGUGUGAGUUUGAGGGGCAUCUGUCUUCUCCUAGGAGCUGAACUUUACCUGAGUGUCAUGGUUUGACACUGACCUGAUGGUUUUCUGAAAAUGCCACCUGCUUUUGUGUCCUUCCAUGACCAAAUUCCCGUCUAACAUCUGUGGAACUGCUCACACUGCACCUCUGCUCUGUCUGGGCUGGUGGAAGGAGAAAUGUCCACAACUUUAUUGAGCAAAUGAUGGUUUUGGAUUGUUCUUUAAAUGGAGGAGAAGACACAGCAGGGCAUCCACUUAAUCUGUGCUGCUGGGAGAGAAUGGGGAGAGUAGGGGCAGCUUUUCCAGUGUCUGUGGGCUCUGCUGUUGAUGUCAAACACAUUCCUUGUUCUCUGCUCUCCCCUGGGUGGAAAUAGCUUGGGUUUACUCUCUGGACACAAAGCAGGUGAUGGUGAAGAGGUCACAGGCAGGGCACUGAUGCUCAGCUGCAAUUUCCCUGCCUGAGCCAGAACUGCUCCUCUGGGGCCAAGAGAAAGGUGGGACAACUUUCAUUGCUAGGAAGACUCAUGUUUGUGUUCUCUACCCUAGGCUGGGGGGUUUGCACUGUCAGCCCAAGAUGAUGUGUUCAAAGCAUGUUUUUGUAUCAUAUUUUUGCCAGCUGGGCACUGGGUUCAAGCUCACUUUGGCCAAUCUUGCAUUGUGCUGCAGACAUGGUGGUGGUGAAAGCCAUGUAGAAAUGUUGGUAGGUCGGUCAGCUGUGUCAUGAGCUGAUGAAAAUCUGUGCUGUCAGCAGGAGCAAUCAGGGCUGCUUAACAUAAAUGGCUGGACAGCUCUGGGGAGAUUAGCAAGGAGAACAAGGCAGGGGUGAUCUGCUUUAGGUGACAGUCUUUACUGUCAAGGAGUCACAUGUGACCUGGACAGUGAGGGUGAUUUUCAUUGGAGAUGUCAGGGACACCACGUUAUCUCUUGCGUGUGGGCAAAUUUCCUUCUCAGUGCACACAUCCAGGGUAAGAACUUCUGAGCUGGUAGAGCAUGGGCUGGAGGUCUGGGGUUUUCUUAGACACCCUGGAAAUAGCUGUCUGUGGAGAAAUAUAUGACAAGGGGUGUAUGAAAGCAAUUCAAGCCUCCCCUAUUAAAGCCUGGGUAAGAGGAACAUAGGGAAGUCCAAAGUAAGAGGAAAAUAUCAAAGUCUAGGUUUGAGGAACAUGUUAAAGCCUAGGUCUGAGGAACAUGUUAAAGCCCGGGUAAGAGGAACAUAUGAAAGUCCAAAGUAAGAGGAAAAUAUUAAAGCCUAGGUUUGAGGAACAUGUUAAAGCCCGGGUAAGAGGAACAUGUCCCCCUUUCUCCCAGAGCUCACUCCCGUUGUUGAUAUUGCACAGCUGCUUCUCCUCCAAAGGCACUCGUGUUUUUCUGGUACCCGGGCCCAUUUUUGUGCUGUUCCCUCUCCCCGGUCCCGGUCCCGGUCCCG